AUGAAAAGACAGUGGUAUUCACUCUCCCCGGGCCUGUGUGUGCCUGCCCGCCCUCCACACCGCCCGGCUCCUACGAGCUCCGAGGGGCGCAGGGGCCCCUCCGCAGCCCCUUCCCGGCAGGAGCCGGGACGCUGCCACCCUCCUUCUCUCCCUCCUUCCCACCUUCCCGGGCGCGGCAGCUGCUCACCCACCCCGCGGGACCCUCCAGCACCUCCACCGCCGCCGGCGAGAAGGGACGGGGGAGAAGGCGGCGAGCCGCCAGCCCCGCCGCCUGAGGGGAAAGCACGGGAAGCACACGCGGGUUUCCGGCAGCAGGGACGGUGCGGAAGGAAAAGCGCGGCGGUUCCGGCGCGCGCGGCGGCGGGAAACGGGAAGGGGAAAGGGAAGCUCCGCCUGGCGCGGGGCGGGGCCGUGGCGCACUUCCGUCCCCGGGCCGCGGUCUCCCAUUGGCCGCGGGAGCCCCGCCCUCCCCGCGCGUCUCAGUGCCCGGGACAGACAAUUAACCUCAGUGAAGAUGACACAUGUCUGACAGAAGAUGAUGUAGAGGUUUCUAGGAAGGAGAUCUUUCAGGAGCAGGCUGCAGCUGCUGGGCCAGUGAAUGCUUCCUCACUUGAACUAGGGAAAGAGUGUGAGCAGUGGUUGCAGGGGGAUCCUGGACCCAAGAAGUCACGGGGAGAGCAUGGACUUCCUGGAAAUUCAAUAAUAGGACCAAUGAGGAACCCAGGCCUACCUGGACCACCUGGACCCCCUGGAGCAAAAGGUGAUGGUCACAAAUGUGAAGCUGGAGACCAUGGAAUUAGAUGCUAUCCUGGACCCCCGAGGCCACCAGGAAUUGGAACCAUUGGUCCCAAGGGUAUUAUGGGACGAAAAGGCUUGCCUGGUCCAACUGGACUCCCUGGCAACAGCAUACAAGGAAGCAAGGGAGAAAAAGGAAAUCAAGGUCUUCAAGGACCGAAAGGAUCAAUAGGAAUUGGCCUUCCUGAACCAAAGGGAGACUAUGGAGAUAAAGGUGAUCCAUCGAGCAAAGGAGCCAAAGGAGAAAUUGGAGACCCAGGACCUCCAGGACCAAAGAGAACUUGGGGAAGAAAAGGUGAACCUGGUCUUACGAGAGAAGAAGUUAUCAGACUUAUCAAUGAAAUAUGUGGUUGUGGUCUGAAAUAUAGAGUAGCACCACUGGAACUAGUAUUUGUCAUUGACAGUUCAGAAAGCGUUGGACCAGAUAACUUCAAAAUUAUCAAAACCUUUACGAAAACAUAAAACAAGGUAUUGGCCAACCACGCUACAACCCGUGUUGGCAUUAUCAACUUCAGCCAUAAAGUGGAGUUGGUGUCUUCUCUAAAGAAAUACACAACCAAGGAAUACCUGAAAUCAGCUGUUGACAAAAUGUCCUACUUAGGAGAAGGCACAUACACAGCUUCUGCUAUCCAAGAAGCCAUUCAGUUGUUUCAGGCAGCGCACCCAGCAGUGAGGAAAGUGGCUGUUGUAAUAACAGAUGGACAAGCAGACUCUCGGGAUAAAGUACAGCUGGACAAUGUAGUAAGAGAGGCCCAUGCUAUGAAUAUUGAGAUAUUUGUCAUUGGAAUUGUUCAAAGGACUGACCCUCAUUUUGAUGAUUUUCUGAAAGAAAUGCAGCUCAUUGCAACAGAACCUGAUGAAGAGCAUGUUUACCAGAUAGAUGACUUCAUAACACUUUCAGCACUUGAAAACAAACUGAUCACAAAAAUCUGUGAGAAUGAGUCUGCAGUCUACACCAGAAAAUUUAAUAUUUCAUCUCCAUCUCCAAGUCUGGAAUCUCAAAUUGUCAGUGAAGGUACAAAUAGCCAGUUAUCUAAAAUGACCACUUCAGAGACUGAUAUGCUUCCUAGAGAAGGAACUGGUUACCCACAUAGUCCACCACAGUCCAGAUAUACUGAGCCACUGUGAUCUGCUCAGGACCACACUGUGACCAGCUUUGCUCACAGAGAAUCGAUACUUCCCACAGUUUAUGACAUAUCUGACAUCAGACCUCUGAGUCCAGUUGUGAAUCCUUCCUUCAGAGGAACUGCUACUGAAGAUCUCUAGCCAACUGUGUUGCAAACACAGGUAUCAACAACCCAGAAAGAUCCAAGGUCCUUGGAAUCUACGAAACCAGGGGACUGUCAGGACUAUGUGGUGAAAUGGUACUAUGACAGGAAUGGCGAUUCUUGUGGCCAGUUCUGGUAUGGAGGUUGUAAUGGUACCAACAAUAGAUAUGAAACAGAAAAAGAAUGUCGAGAAACCUGUGUUGACUGA